AUGUCUCGUAACCCUAUCCACCCCGCCUCGCUUCUCCCUCUUUCCCAGCACAAUACCCACAUUGUCCACACCCUCAAGAACCGAGUGCCACAAGAGUUCUUUGACUAUAUUGCCGAGCGCUGCGAGCAGGUCAUUCGCAUCGAGGAUGAACUGCCAUCACCACCAGCCUCCCCUCGGUCUCCCACUUUGCCUGCUGGGUCCGCCGCUUCCAUCUCUGGUCCCACCGCCCCACGUUGGUGGGAGGCUCCCCUCCCUGUCAAAGGCCAGGUCGAAGCGCUUCCCACUCUCGCCGACUUUAUUCGCGGCCUCGUUGCCCAGUCCAACGUCCAAAUGCCGACCCUCGCCGUCGUCCUAGUCUACUUGGCUCGGCUAAAGGAGCGCCUCCCCCCAGUGGCACACGGUAUGCAGUGCACUCGACACCGCGUGUUCCUGGCUGUCCUGAUCUGCGCCGCAAAGUACCUGAACGACUCGAGCCCCAAGAACAUGCACUGGCAGCGCUACGCUCGUUUCUUCGCCCUAGCAGAGGUCAACCUCAUGGAGAAGCAGUUACUGUACAUCCUUGACUACUCCCUCGAGGUUGACGAGCCGUCCCUUAUGGCCCACCUCAGCCCUUUCUGGGCUGUCCAGAACCGCCUCAACGCCGCCCGGUCGGCCGCCCAAAUACAUCACGCCAACCCCUACCCUUCCUCGGCGUCGGUGGCUGGCGUCCCUGGCCGUAGCCCGCUUUCACCACCCCACACCCCCCCCACCAAACACAACCUGUCUGUCAACAUCCCAUCAUCCCCUCGCAUGCCAUGCCAAUCAGCACCAGCACCACGGUCGCACUCGUCGGAUGCUCUUCGUCGUCGCCGCAUCGAACCUUACCCUCACCCUCCUCCAGUCGCCUCAACCUCACACCUGCCAACACCCCCAAAGCACGGCGACUCCCCAUCCGGCUACUUUGUCGAGUCUCACAACUACCAACAUCAACACCUUCCCCACUCGCAGGCAUCUAUGGCUGCUCUCGCCUACGCACGUUCUCAGCGUGCUCUUCACAACACGCACCGCCCUCACUCACGCAACCCCUCUCCUCUUACCCACUUUUCUCGUCUUCAUCUCGACGAAGAAGCUCCAGGCCUCAUCCCUCGUCGCGACUCGCAGUCCAGCACUUGCUCGUCAUGUUCGUCUCUCGCCAACGAGACACCUGAGCUGUUUGACGAGUCCGCAGUCACAGCUUGCCCCCUUGCCCGCCGCAAGGCCGCCAUCCCAUACCCCGAUGACACAUACAUGGUUGGAUCGGGGGAGGCGUCGCCAAAGUGGCGCAAGCUUGGCCUUCGGCAGGCCCAGGCGGCAUUCAUGCCUCGUCGUGCCGCAUGA